AUGGAAGAUCUAUUCAAUAAAAUCAAGAGUGGAGCAUUACAAAUUGGAGAAGCUUUCACUCCAGUAUUAACUGAAAGUAAAUUUCGGGAAACUGGUGUGUUAACACCCGAAGAGUUUGUGGCUGCAGGUGAUCAUUUAGUGCAUCAUUGUUCCACUUGGAAAUGGGCGAAAGCUAGUGACCCUGCAAGGGUUCGUUCAUUCCUGCCAGAAGACAAACAAUUUCUCAUAAUCAGAAACGUUCCUUGUAGGAAAAGGUGUAGGCAGAUGGAAUAUGAUUCAAAUCAAGAGAUGAUUUUAUCGAGCGAAGAAGUUGGAGCUGAAGAUGGUUUUGCCGGUGAUGAGGAUAGUGGAUGGGUUGAUACUCAUCAUUUUGCCGGUGAAUCAACCAAAUCUGAAACUAUAGAUCUUGGAAGCAAUGUUAAUACUGAAACGGGUGAUGCCGAUGAGCCUGCAAUGGAUUUGGAUGACUUUGUUGAGUCAGGGGGUUUGGAUCAAGUCGAUCCUAACAGAUUUGUUGCCGAAACAUCGAAACCGAUAGCAGAAGUUGAAAAGCCAAGAACAUAUGAUUUGCACAUAUGUUAUGACAAAUACUACCAGGUUCCGAGACUUUAUCUUGUGGGUUAUGAUGAAAAUAGGAAACCUUUGACUAUUGAACAGACAUAUGAAGAUUUUUCUGCCGACCACGCCAAUAAAACAAUAACCAUCGAAGCUCAUAAAAGUUUAGAUUGUGAAAUGGCGACUAUUCAUCCUUGUAAACACGCUGAGAUGAUGAAAAGAUUGAUCGACCAGUAUACGAGUAAUGGAAGAGAUCUUGGGGUUCAUGAAUAUUUGAUGCUUUUCUUGAAAUUUGUUCAGGCUGUUAUACCAACAAUAGAAUAUGAUUUCACUCGGUCUGUUAAUUUUUAA